AUGGACACACGAAGACGUCAAAAAGGAAAUGUAUUUCGACAAGAAAAAACGUGGCUUGACAUUGAAGUUUCUCCAAACUCUGUAGUCAAGAGGAUUCACGAACUCGAACAGGAACUCGAGUGUGUACCAGGGUCUAUUGACAGAGUAAUACUCAAUCGUGUGUUGGGUUCUAUGGCUGGCUUGGCUUUGGGUGAUGCUCUUGGUGCUCAUGUUGAAUUUAAGCCUCAUGAUAUUUUAGCUGUGAGACCAGUGAAAGAUCUUCAAGGUGGUGGUACUUGGGGACUCAAUAAAGGAGAGUUCACCGAUGACACAUCGAUGGCACUUUGUCUAGCAAAUUCAUUGAUAACAUGCCACGGAUUUUGUUCUUAUGAUCAACUUGUUCGAUAUAAAUGGUGGUUUCAUCAUGGUUACAUGUCUGCUACUGGAAAAUGUUUUGAUAUUGGUGGAGCCACCAAGAAAUCAUUGAUUGAAUUUGAAAGGCGCCAAUUCGAAUUCUGUGACCGAUACAAACUUUCUACUGAACAAAUGGAUUAUCUAAAACCUAAGGUAGUCUUAACUAAGUUCAAUGUAAUGUGCAGUGAACCAAAUGUAGCUGGUAAUGGUGCCUUAAUGCGGCUUGCCCCUGUUCCGUUGUUCUUCUACCGUGAUCCAAAGAAGGCUGUGGAUUAUUGUGAACUUAGUGCAACACCUACUCACGGCGAUCAGCGUGCUUAUGAUGCCUGUCGUUUCUAUGGUGCUCUAAUUGUAGCAGCGCUCAGAGGAGAAAAGAAAAAUCAACUGCUUGACGCCAAUUUUUAUGAGAAACAUAAAGACUGGUUCGAUAACAAGCCGCUGCAUCCUGAGAUUGUGAACAUCAUGCGAGGAUCUUAUCGAAAGGAAGGUGGAUACAGCGAAGGCAUUCGAGGCACAGGAUUUAUUGUUAGUGCUCUAGAAGCCGCUUUAUGGGCUUUUUGUUAUGAUAGAGAUUCUUUCGAGUACGGUGCUCUCGCCGCUGUAAACCUGGGCGAUGAUACUGACACAACAGCUUCGAUCUAUGGUCAAUUAGCUGGUGCCUACUAUGGGUAUCAGACAUUACCUAAGAGAUGGUUGCAAUAUCUGUACGGUAAAAAUUUUAUAAACUGCUUGAGCGAAUGGAUUGUGUACGCAGGCGAACAGUGGUUUCGAACGGAAUCGCAGACUACAGUGUCAAGUGCUUUCGCUCCUAAAGAAAAGCCUGUUACGCAUCUCUUGUCUGUUGAACCAUCUUCAACGUUGCAAGCACGCUUAUCCUCAGAUCCAUCGAAGUCAAGACAACGUUCUGCAGAUCGAUCUGAACGAUGUGAAAGAUACGUAUCACAGCAUAAUCCUCAGAUAACGGUUGAAACAGAACAAAAGGAAUACGAUAAACCGAAUCGAAGGCUACUAAAACCUACUACCACUACUGCUUCUUCAUCACUGCAUAACUCGAAUAUUACUCGUGCUAUUGAGCGACCACCAGCUUCGAAAUAUACUAUGCCUUUCAGUCGACCAAAACCACUGCAAUACAGACAAUCCGCACCUAUUAUUCAAGCACCCAGUGCUUUCAGCGGCGUCGAAACGUGUGACGACGUUUGUUCUUGGAUUAUGGCUUUUGGUCAGGAAUAUGAACAGUAUGUUCUCACCAUGAAACGAUAUAAGGUUGAUGGGAUGUAUCUUCUCCGUUAUGUUAACCGCGAGAAACUCUUUCAGUAUGGAAUCCUCGAUGCAAGUCAUCAACAACGAAUUCUCGAUGGCAUCGAGGAGUUGAAAAAACAAAUCAUGUCGGCUGUGAGAAAAAACAAUAACAUACAUACAGCGUCGUCCCAGUUUGAAAGAUUGUAA